AAAAUGGUCCGUGCCUUGAUUUUCCCACUUCAACGCAUCGCUGGUGCUAUUUCCUCGUCCAAUUCUCACAAAUCACAACCUCACCUUGUCCGUCUCUUCCUUGGAUUCCUGUUCGAUGCCGACCUGCUAGUUGCCAGCCAUCCUGCAGGCCUGCAUCUCCUUUCCCUUAUCCGCCCACGUCUCUUCCGUCAUUCGUUCUGGUCUUUCAUCAUCCAUCAUCAAUCUCGGCUUCGGGACCUGUAUUGAUUCGCGUCUUCCUUGUCGCACAUCCACGGCCUGUGUGUUCAAUUUCACACUGCCUUACACUCGUUUUUCUUUCAACCCAACCACGACCACUCUCGCUCUUGACCGCAUUCGACCACCGUCGUCAUCCAUCUUCAUCGAUCGGAUAUCUCCUCCGUGUCGGACUCUUCAUUCGCUUUUGCUAGUUCGCACCUUCUCCUCCCUCUGCCUAUUCCAUCUCCAGAAUACCACCAAACAACCAUUCAUCCCCUCAACCUCACAUUCGUUACAUCAUCAUCAAUAAUCACACCACCACUACCGCCGACUCAACCCUCGCUUCUGAUAACGACGACAACCAUCACCAUCGUUCAUGACCCAAGAGGCAUAGUUAUUUCCGAGAACUCAUCUGUAGAGAUACAACACUUUAUAUCUCUUAUCCAAACAUCCCGAGGCCAUCUUUUGUCCCGCUCGCUCCAACUGGCCAUUGCUUUGCGAAACCAUCGGCAUCAGUUGAGACAUUCGACGUCUGUUCCAGGGGCGCCUCUUCUCCAAUUGCCGCCCAGCCUCAAGUGCGCGCGUCUGUAAGCCAACCAACGGCUGCCAGCCAGCCCUGCAGCUCCCCGACGAUAACUCAAUCUCCAAAAACGUGCGCUUGCGCUGCGCUUUGCAUCAAUCCGCCUUCUGCAGCAUUUUGAACCAGGCCACUUGGGACCAAGGACCCUUCCCAGCUAUACUAGGGCCCGCCCUAAGAAGCAAAUCUCACCUCCUACAACCCGUUACACAUUAUCAGCUUUUGUUCGCAAAUAUAUGUGGCAAAGAUGAUGUUAUACGAGCGAUCCGUUCAUGAUCUCCCCGGCCCCAGCUCUCCGCCAGGCUUGACGCAUUCCAAGUCUUCCAAGUCUUCAUCCUUGAACUCGGUACCUUCAGAUGAUGACAGCGUGCUUGCUGAUGCUAGCCACUUUGAAGACAUUGGGCUCCAGGAUGAAUCCCAUGUCGAUGUUCGAGGGCUAACCAAGAACCUGAAGCCUUCGCCCAUGCUGUAUAGUUCUAACCCUUCCUCCGAAUUGCGAGUACCCUCCAAGAGCAGUCGAUCUUCCCGCAGUCCGUCCAAAACCCGCCAGAAGCGGGAUGUCUCAUCAACGGGCAAAGUCCGACCGACCCUCCCGAAUAUCCAGAGUCAUCUACGACCUGUCAAUGGCCGAGUUGCGAGCUUGGGGCUUACCCCCGAGCUGCACACUGCCCCUCUUCCUAUGCGCUCCCUUGGAAACCGAUCGCCCUCCUCGACACGACAACGCAGUAUUAGCCCCAACCUUCAGACCAGCUUUCCCAUGAAGCCACGGAGGAGUAGCUGGCAAUCGAGCCGGGAGCGAAAGACAGCCAGACAGUUGGAAAGAGAGUGCGACGAAGAUGACGGAGACGACAUCCCUGACGGGCUUGUGCUUGAUAAUGUGCCAAUCUCGCCUAGGCCACCCUCGGAACGAACAAUAAGCCAACCUUCUUCCAAAGCCCCUUCACCAGAACGCGCUCCUCCUGAGAAAAGAGUACGAAGUGUGGGAAAUGGCACUCCACCAGUGGCAGUAGCCCAGGGAUCCCUUAAAUCGCCGACAUGGAAGUCCGAUACCGCGGUGCCUACUAGAGCCAGCAUUGCUUCCACCAUUGUUACCCCUCUGGAACUCGCCAGGUCCAAGAGCUGGUCUGCCGCCUUGGCUGAACUCAACUCCGAUGCCAAGGAGCUCACGGAAAAGCUAGAGGAACACGCCGAAGAGUUGGAAGCAAAGGGCGUACGGUCCAGUACGCCGUCUGUCCGCAGAAAUUCUGACGGGAAGCCCCGUGUAAAAUCGGGGCUUCCUGAGCUUCCGCCGCUUCGCAAGUCUAAUGUCAUGAUCGACCCUCUACCGCCGUCCAAGGAAAAGGAAGCUGUCUUGUCCCGCACUCGUCCUUCCUGGCUCCCGCCAAAGGAUCCCGCCGAGGAACGUCGCCAUCUGAAGGAGUACCAGAGGAUGAUGGCUCAGAGCCUCGAGGCCGAGCGUAGACGGGAGGCAACGAAGAAGGCCCGGAUCGAAGGCCGUGAUACCAGAGCCGACAAUCUGAUGCAUAUUUGGGAGGAGAACAUCAUCCCUCGCUGGGACGAGGCCAUCCGUGAGCGCAGGACACGAGAGCUAUGGUGGCGUGGUAUUGCGCCGCGCAGUCGAGGUGCUGUGUGGAGCAAGGCGAUCGGCAACGGGCUCGCACUUUCUGAUGCUUCAUUCAGGGCUGCCCUGAAGCGGGCCAAUGAUGCCCAGAAAAGAGUGAACGACGGACAAGGCAGCACCGACGAUUCCUACGCUGCGGCAUGGUUUGACGACAUCAAGAAGGACGUGGAAGAGUAUACCUUCCCGGAUCUUCGCAUCUUCCAGACUGGAGGGCCCCUCCACCAAAGCCUGGUCGAUGUUCUCAGCGCAUACUGCAUGUAUCGGAGUGAUAUCGGAUAUGUUCCGGGCUGCAAUACAAUUGCUGCUAUUCUGCUUCUCAACCUUCCCUCCGCCACCGACGCGUUCAUUGCGCUUGCCAACGUCCUGAACCGUUCCUUGCCGCUGAGCUUCCACACGUGCGACAGAACCGCCAUGUCUUCGGCCUACAACCUGCUACUCCAAACCCUCCAACACAAGUCGCCCAGCCUUCAUGAACACCUGAUCAAGUUGCCCGACCAUAAUCCCGAUCUCUACUUGGGCGACAUCUUCACUGGCCUCUUCACUCGCCACCUCGCUCUGGAUGAGGCCACCCGACUCUGGGAUGUGUACGUUUUCGAAGGCGACGCCGUCCUCGUUCGUGCAGGCAUUGCUCUUCUGCUACAGAAGGGCAUGUCCCUUAUGGGUACCAAGACUAUUCACGAGGUCAGGGCCAUCAUGAACAACUCAUCUGACGGCGUUUUGAGGUCGGCACCCAUUCUUCGCAGCACUGGCGAGGAAGAUCGCUGGAUGCGCGCUGUAAGAGAAGCCGGGAAAGCGCAAGCUUGAAGAGCGAUGAAGAAACAAGAAGAAAAAAAGAACAUCAAACAUACAAAAAGAGCGGAUAUAUAUAUUUCGUUUCCUUGUCUUGGGAAUAAAGCGGUGGGAAGGGAUUUUCACACAAGGAGAGGGAAACAUAAGACCAACUGCACGCAAAUACGUCAUGAAAGCAAGUCACCAUACAAAGAAAGCAACCAUGUCUUUACUCAUGUCACAUACCCAACAACGAUACGCACAUACAAGCAACCACCACCACCACCACCACCACUUACCAUCACCAACCACUUUUCAGCGGCCACCGGCGUUUCUGUUCACUGUUCAAUUCUUAAUUUUUCUCCAGGUUGGAUAGCGCUGCGCCGGCUUGUCAACACCGUCUGGGGAACUGGCCUCUUGUUUUUCCUCUCUUUCUCGCUCAUCUUCGGCACAGUUUCGAAGUAAUUUUGGUACCUUGUGUACAAAACAACAACCACAAAACCUCGGUUUUGAGUAUUGUGUAUAUUUAAUAUUUUUUUUGGACAAUUUUCGAAUGCCAGCCAGUCAGGCAUCAAUGGGGCGGAAUAGAAUAUGAAAGUGGUGAUGAUUUGACUAUACUUGGUUUUCAUCUGUGUGUGAGUGUGUGUCUACGGAUCAUUGACUUUGUCUGCCUGUGAAUAUCAAUGGAGGCAUCUUCAUGUACCCAUUUAGUUGGAGCGGUAUAUCAUGAAAUUUUGCAUGAACUUAGGACGUUUCCUUGUUCUAUAAAUAUGGUCGUUUAUACCUCUCC